AUAAAGUCAAUGUAGAGUUAACUUUCAUUGAAAUUGAGAUUUUCAGAAUGUGCGUUAAUUUUUUUGCGCAGUGUAGUAUUGAGAAUUUGUGAACCUAAAGUAAAUUUCACGAUAAGCGAAAUAUGCAGGGACUUUGAAUUAUUCUUUGCCACAUUUUGACAAAUAUGGAAUUUUCAGACUAACAGUCAUUUUAAUUAUUACAUUCUCCGUUCUUAAUAUUUCCCAAGCUACGACAUAUGUAUGUUGAAAUUUGCAAAAUUAGAAUAUUUCAAUGCUCCCUAAAAACAAUUAUUUAUAAAGACCCUGUACAAAAAAUUGCUUCAUAUAUAAUCUUCUUGCUUUAUGCAACCAGCAGACCAUACCAGAUGGCCACCAAAAAUGUUCGAGAUUAUCUGCCCCAUUCUUCCUUCAGAUUGAAUAUAUACAUACCAUAUGUAUCAAAUAGAAAUGAAGAAUUCCUUCAAUUGUCUGGUACAUUGAUUUCUUUUCGAUUUAUAUUGUCUCUAUUCGAUCUCAAGUUACAGAAUUAGGCCACAUUCAACAUUCAGAGGAGUUUUAAGGUACUAUUUUGUAUUCAUCAAAAUCCCCUAACCAAAAGCCAGUUAGAUCCUAUCAUUCUCCUAGCGGGUAAAAUGCCAUUAAGUUAUUUUUGUCAUACUACACUUGCUUUUCUUCAUACUCAGACACAGUUGUACAUUUUGGACUCAAUGGGUUGAUGAUAGGGAUUCUAUCCUGUAUAAAAGAAAAAACUGAGUUUGUAAAAUAAUCGUAAAACUAUUGCAAAAUAGAAUCUGGAAAGUAUACCUCUAGAUUGUAGGAUAUCAGAGAUAUAAGAGUGUCCCCAAUUUUAUGACCAGCUGGUAUAUAGACUUCAAUACAAAAAUUUAGGUACUUAAUUCAUUAAUUUUUUUUAUUGGAGGUUACGCAAUAUCUGAUUUUAAAAUCAGUAAAAAUUGGACAGCAGUCGAGGUAUACAACAAUAUUCAGCAAAAGUUGGAGAUAGGCUUGUCAAGCCAAACUUAGAAGAAAAUGCCGAAUUAAAUGGUUCUGCUAUAAAAAGGAUUUUUGGUCAAAAAACAGUUUAUAUUCGGCCGUUUUGUAAUAUAACAGCAAGUCAUAGCUCCAAUGAGGAAGUCCUUGAUUCUAGUUGCUUAGAAAUCAAUGUUGGAAACUUGCAAAACAUACAGAGUAGUGAUUUCUUAGAAGAUAUCAAUAACAGUGAUGAAAAAACCACUGAAUCCCUACUGAAAAAUCUGAGGACACAAAUAGUUGACGAGAAGAUAAAUCAUUUCAAUAUAUAUCGAGGUGAUAUAUUCAAUUGCUGUAUUAGAGUAAUGAGUAGAAAAUCCAUUUAAAAAAAUAUCAGUGAUAUUCAAUGACUGUGGUGGAAUGUCAGAGGGAGCUGUGGAUAUGGGAGGUCCAACAAGAGAAAUGUUUAGGCUGGUUCUGAAAUAUUUAGAAGAAUCAAGCUUCUUCAUAGGACAAGAGAAAAAGUUUUUGAGGCUCAACAUGCAUUCAUUAGAAAAAAAUGAAUAUUUUUUUGCUGGACGGAUCAUUGCACUCAGCUUGUUGCAUGAAGAAACAGGGCCACACUCCUUCUCAGAAUUUAUGUCGUAAGGUUUGGUGCACGUCAAGGGCUUGAAGCCCCUGAAGUGACAUUUAGGUUAUGUUUGGAUAUGUUCAGCUUUUUGCCGGUAACCGUUUGAUAAUUUAUUUUUAAAAUUUACCAAACAAAUGAAAUGGAGGAAACGCAAACGAUUACUUCAAUUUUAGAUGGUAAAUACCAAAUUAACGUAAUACAAGAAGAAUAUGAAAGAAGUAUGAGAGGUAUAUCUUCAGAUCCCGAAUAUUGCAAUUAUUUGCUGUCUGAAGCUCAGAAGACAGUAGGUAAUGCAACAUUCAACGAAUCAGUGCCUCUGGAAACAGACAUACCAUCAUGCUCGUAUUUUAAGGAUGUGGCGGUAGCUCCAGAGGAAGAUCUAACUUCAAGCAAUGUCUGGAGCUACCAAAAGACCAUAUGCAUUCAAUGUCCUCCCUGUACAAGGAUUUCAACGACCCCAGAAGAAGGAAACAUAUUUUUGAACAUAUUCCCAAUGACAUGAUCAGUUCAGGAUUCGUGGUAGAUGGGAAACAUGUCCAAAAUAAAUGGAAAAGCUUGUUAAGAAGCUAUAACAAGGCCAAGGCCAACAAAAAUAGAACGGGCCAAGGACCAUCAAGAUUUUUGUUCUUCGAGGCAAUUGAUGAAGUUGUCGGAACGCAACCUAAAAAUAAUUGCCAGCAUUCAACAAAACAGCCUUGACAUUUCUUCAGCAAGUUCUGUGCCUGAAAAUACCGAGAGGUUUCUGGAUCAACCACUGUUGAUACAGUCCUUAACCCUUUAGUGCCCUACGGUACCCAAAAGUACCACAGCAAAUAAUCGGCUAUAUUUCGAAGUGCUCAUCAGUUCUGACCGCUUAAGCUUGUGGGUAUCGUCGAGUACCAUGCGUUUUCCCCCACCGUCAAAUGCCCCUGCUUAUGCAUGGCGUGUUUGGCGCUCUUUCAGCCAGUAUUGGCGAAUCCAACUACCGUUGAGGGCGCUGCGAACUAUCAACAAAUAUGGAGGAAUGUGAGUAAUCGUUUCGGGAAAUCUAUUGUGGAAGUCGAGUUUUUCGGAUUUUUCUUCGAUAUAGCGAUAAACAAGUAAUAGAAGUGAAUUGAAUCACUGUAUUCUUUAUUGUGCAGCGUCAAGUUUAUCAAAUUUAGG